AAAAAGUUUUUAAAAAAAAAGAAGAAAGAAAGGAAAAUGGCACCCGAAGCCCCAUCCUCCACCCUCCUCGCCUGGGCAACCACCCUCACCCCGCACCACAUCACCCCCCUCCUCCUCCUCCUCUCACUCACAACCCUAACAAUCAUCUGGUACGCCCACUCCUGGCACCAGCUGCGCGCCUUCCCCGGCCCGCGCCUCGCCUCAUUCUCCUACCUCUGGAUGCUGCGGACCUGGCGGGCCGGCGCGCAGGCGGCGCGGUACGGCCCGCUCAACGCCCGGCACGGGACCACCACGACCCGGACGGUGCGCAUCGGCCCGCGCGACCUGCUGACCGACGACCCGGCGCAGGUGCGGCGCAUGGGCGCGGCCCGCAGCGCCUACCGCCGCAGCGACUGGUACUCGCCGCUGCGCCUGGACCCGUACGGGGUCGGGCUGUUCAGUCUGAGGGAUGUUGCGGCGCAUGAUCGGUUGAAGGCGAAGAUGGCGUUUGGGUACGGCGGCAGGGAGAACCCCGGGCUGGAGGCGGAUGUGGAUGCCGUCUUGGCGCAGUUCGUGGACUUGUUGGCGAGGAAGUGCGUUCCUGUGGUUGAGGGCACUGGCACGGGCUCGGUGGGGGAGACGAAGGGGGUGGAUUUGGCGAGGGUGGUGCAGUAUUUUACGAUGGAUGCUAUUAGUAGGAUUGCGUACGGGGAGGAGUUUGGGUUUUUGAAGACUGAUUCGGAUGUGUUUGGUGCGAUUGACGGGGCUGAGCAGGGGAUUCCGUUGCUGGUCUUGAUGGCCGAGGUGCCGUUUCUUGGACGAUUAUUCACGCAGCCGUGGCUGGUAAAGCUGGUUGGGCCGAAGAAGACGGAUGCUGGGGGGAUGGGCAAGAUGUUGGCCAUCGCAGAGCAGGUUGUUGCAGAGCGGUUCGGCCCUGACGCUAAGGACCAGAGGGACAUGCUCGGCGCCUUCGUUCGCCACGGGGUUGCGCAGCGCGAGUGCGAGAUCGAGGUACCUUUCCAGUUGGUCGCCGGUUCGGACACCACCGCCACAACCAUCCGCGGCACCAUGCUCCAUCUUGCAUCAACCAGACGCGCAUAUGUAAAACUCCAAAAGGAGAUAGACACUGGCGUGGCCGAAGGCCGUAUCUCAAGCCCAAUCACGGGUGAAGAGGCUAAGAAACUGGAGUAUCUGCAAGCCGUCAUCUACGAGGGGCUGCGGAUACAAAUCCCCAUAUCCGGCUUGUUCAUGAAAGAAGUCCCACCCGAAGGCGACACCAUCGACGGCAUCUUCGUUCCCGGUGGCACACGUAUCGCACACAACACGCAGGGAAUUAUGCGCCGGCGGGACAUCUUUGGCGACGAUGCCGACAUCUUCCGGCCUGAGCGUUGGAUCGGCAUCUCACCGGAGAAGAGACAGGAGAUGGUGCAGACGACAGAGCUCGUGUUCGGAUACGGCCGAUGGGGGUGCUCGGGUAAACCGGUUGCCUUUUUGGAGCUGAACAAGGUUUAUGUUGAGUUGCUCCGACGGUUCGACUUUGAGAUUCUGUAUCCCAAGCGGCCCUGGCAUGAGACGAACUACAACGUGUUCUUUCAUUCGGAACAAUGGAUGCGGGUGACGGAGCGUGCCGAAGAGGCGCACUGAGGUGUGAAACGGUCAUUAUCGCCCGUUGAUACCUUAAUGAGUGAGUUGGGGACGAGGCAUAUCGGUAGAAGGGGUUGCGUCAUUCUUACGGCUCGCGAUGACCUAGUAGGUUGGAGACUUGAGGCACU